AUGCAGAGGCGAAACGAGGUUUUAGAAAAGAGUUUGUCAGAAAGCCAAAAGGAAAAGGGCGAGUUAGAGGAUAGGGUGACUGAGUUGGAAAGAUCUCUUCGUCAGUAUCAAAAUCGAAAUUCCGCAAUAGAGUUGAAAGCAAACUUGAGCAAGAUUAAGGAAAUGAAGCAAAGAAUCGAAGAGCUAGAAACGGCAUUACAAAAUUGUGAAAUCCGAAUCAAGCACUUGGAAGCAAAUGAAAAUCGUAAUAAGGAACAGCUACAUUACUUUCAGAACCAAGUUAGGAGCACAGAUCAUAUUAUGGAGGAAGCUGUGGUCCAGAUCCAAGAAGUAGCUGAUCACGUACACACUUUGGCAGUACAAGCAGACAUGCUGAGUGUGAAGUAUGAAUUAGAAUCAGAUCGGGGGCAAGAGUUAGCUGUGUUACUUAGGAGGAUUAGAAUGCUGAGUAAUAGGACAAAACUUUAUUUGUAA